GCGGCGCCCCAGGGCCCUGCACACUUGGCUGGCGAAGCCCUGUCACUGGCGGGGGUGUGUCGUGCUGCCCCUCGGGUCCCCUUUCCCCCGCCUCGGCACGACUCGCGGCUGCUGGCUCGCGGGGGGCGCCAACAGACUGUUGGGGUGCAUGUUUGCCCUUGGAUCCCAAACCCUCUGGUGAUGCAGACUCCCCCUGAGACCCAGGCUUCUGAAGGCGGGGGGACGGGACCAGGGUGAGCGGGGUUUCCGGGGGCCCCGGCGGCGGGCACCAGCCCUUGGGCCGGGCGCUCCUGCCGGGGCCGGGAGGACUGAGUUGUCACUGGUGUCCACGGGCCUGUGAAGUGAGGGGCCCGGACCUCCGGGCUACUCCGCUUUUAACUAUUUAAUACUAGGUGUGCUGUGCACUUAGAGAAGUGGGUAAAUGCCGUCUCUGCCAUUAAGCACCUGUAGCUCGUUUCAAACAGACCAGACGAUGAUCUCGCAUGUUUCCUGAGCUCCAGUAUGUGCGGGCUCCAGCCCAGCCAGUGGCCGGAGAUUCGAGGAUGAAAAAGCCAUGACCUUGCUGACAAGAAGCCACAUCUCAGGGCAGCUGCUGCCUGGGUGACAGUCCUGGCAGGAGUCUGGAGCACAGAGGACCUCCAGGCCCGCCACGGGCACGUCUUUCAUGUUGGUUCUUGGUUUUCUUCCGUUUCCCACUGAAGCUGGACUCCAGCGUCCUUGCCUCCUGCUGCGAUUCUCUGCCCUCGGCCCGCCUGCCCUCUCCAGCAGGGCCCCCCUCAGCCCAACGCAGACGCCGGCCGAGUGUGGACCUUCCAGAGCCUUCCCCCAGGCUUGGACAGAUGAAGAGCUGUGUAAAGAAGGAGCUUGCUGAAGAAGGAGAAUCCGGCCCCUGGCCUGUUUCCGAGGCCCUUCCUCCUGGGCACCAAGGAAGAUGGAAAAGCCCACGGGCAAAAAGAAGGCAGAGACCCCAAAGGAGGAAGUGGAUUUGCUAAAGGACAUGCCCAAAGGAGAGGGAGCGGCGUCUGGGGAGAAAAAGCCCGGCAAGAGGUCCGCUGUGGCAAAAAAGCACAGCGAGGAGCCCGGCCUGAGCCCGGAGGAGGAGGCACACGUAUUCGAUGCCUUCGAUGCUUCGUUUAAAGACGACUUCAAGGGGGUGCCUGUGUUCAUUCCUUUUCAGAGAAAGAAGCCCUACGAGUGCAGCGAGUGUGGACGCGUCUUUAAGCACAAGACGGACCACCUUCGCCACCAGCGGGUUCACACCGGGGAGAAGCCCUUCAGAUGUGACCGGUGCGGGAAGCCGUUCAGGCACAGUUCCGACGUCACCAAACACCAGAGAAUCCACACCGGCGAGAAGCCCUUUAAAUGCGGUGAAUGCGGGAAGGCCUUUAACUGCGGCUCGAACCUCCUGAAACAUCGGAAAACGCACACUGGAGAGAAGCCGUACGAAUGCAAGGAGUGUGGGAAAGCCUUCGCCUACAGCUCGUGUCUCAUUCGCCACCGGAAGCGCCACCCGCGGAAGAGGCACUGAGACGGGGACGCGGCCUGCCGAGAGGACCGAGCGGGGCAGGCGAGGCCCGGCGGCUGGCACGGGCUGCGGGCGCUGCGCUUGAUGCGCCUUUCCUUGUGCGGACGCGUGUCCACGCCGGGGGCCCGGCCCCCGGUUCAGUGCAGAGUGUGGCGCGCACUUCCCGGUCCGGAGCGGCUCCAGCCCAAGCCGCUGGGUGACGCGGGAGGUGCGUGCAGCUACGGCACCAGAGCGCGAGCGUGAGCAUGGCGCAGCCUCUGUGGGGCGGGAGGGCGGCCUCCCUGCCUCCUCACUUGUGCCCAUGAGGACGUCAGUCUGCAGACGCCGACCGGCUGGGCCCCGAGCCCACCCCCGCGCAGCCUGGCAGGCGGCCUGGGGCCCUGAGCUAGAUGGCAGCGCUGCGCUCAGGUCCCCAGGGGCUGCACCAGACACCUGCUGUCCCCACUCAGCUGGCCGUGGAGACAGCCCUCUGGUUUGUGUCUGGCUUCCCUCCACGGGCUGGAGCGCCAGUCCUGGAACUCCCCUCCCCUCCCCCACUGCAGUUCCAGGACUGACCCCCUGGCCCAGCCCCCAUCCCUGGUGAGACCCGGACUCAGCCAGGUGGGCCACGCGGGAGGUAAAUGCCACCGUCGUGGGAGAGGCCUGCCCUGGACACCUGGCGGGCACCCCAAGGACGUGAGGUAGCUUCCAGCCAGCCCGCAGCACCCCGGGGUCUCCCGUCUGGAGGCAGGUGCACUGGCCUCCAGUGAUCGGCUCUCCAGGUUAGCUCCACUUGCCCACGCCUGCCCCCAGCUCGCAGCGGAUCCCCGCCAAGUCCACGUGCUGUGCGCAGCCUUAGUUUCCCUCCAGGAGCGGUCUGGGUGGGGCUCCGUGCUCUGCAGAGCGGGGUGCGGGUUGUCCUAGAAUUUCCAAUAGCAUAAGGGACGUGAGGGGACUGCCUACGGGAGCAAAUACGGCUUUUUACUAGGAAAACGUCGGUACCUCCGCUUUCAGCUCUCCGGACCCCAGAAAUGGGGAUUCCGUUCUGCAAGAAGGCCCCGAGUCAGGAUGGAGAUGCGUUUCUCGGUCCGGCACCCCCAGACGCCGGAGGCAGAUGCUCCCGGAGGAAAUGUUUCUCCAGGACCUCAGACAACUUCUGUCACGUGCGGCAACAUUUAGAGUGCACGAGGAGCGCCAGAAAAACGGGAAAUAACCAAGCGUGCAUCAGCCGCGCACACGCCCCCGUCACCAGGCGGGGUCUCAGGACCCCGGGCGGAGCCGGUCAGGCCCGCAGGGCGAUUAUUACAGAGCGCGGAAGUGACCAGCGUGUGGUUUGGAAAUACCCGGGGAGGGAAGCCAGAGAGCAGGGAAGAGCAGCUCACGCCGCACUCGGACGCUCCUCGGGCAGCGAGAGCAGGCGCCGCGCGGGCGUUUGGGCUCUUCCUGGUCCCGCCGCACACACCGUAAGUUCCCGUGUGUGUGAUCUACAGUCACCGCGUGGUUCGCGGGCAUGAUUUCCCGGAAACACGCUUGUAAAUGUCCUCCUAAGAAAUAAUGGAAACUCAGAUGAUUCGCUCCACAACCCAAAAACAUUCAUACAUAAAAGUCAUUACAGUACUGUAAUUUAAUACAAAACAAUAAAGAAAAUAAAAAAUAGAAAAGUAAA